CACACUCGCAGUCCAUGUAAAGUUAAAAAAAGACAACAGACCAAGUCGACAUCCACAAUCCACACUCUCCACACACCAAUAAAUCGGGGGAGGUAUAUCCGUGCUAGUGAUUUGUGUUUUACGUAUACACAUUUAAAAAAAAAGAAACCUUAAACUUAAAUAAAAGUUACCUCCUAGUCAACAAAAAGAUAACAAUUUAAAAUUUUCUCUCCCCCAUAAAACCUUCGCCGUCUGUGUGUUCACUGCCCCGUGUGUUAUUAGUGACUCAAUAUUCCAUUAUCAAAAAAGUUUCUAAUGCUAUCUCGUCAUUAAGUCCGUCAUUAAAAAAAAAAUCGUUUCGUCCAUUAACCAAAAGAAGAAAAUAAAAAAAAAACGAAGCGCACGCAUUUAAAUGUCCAUUUAAAAAAAGUCGUCACCUGACACAUCAACAAUUUUUUAAAUUUCCAUAAGAAAAAAAAUAAAAUAAAUCCUAAAUUUCUAUAAAAAUAAAUUUUUUAAAUUUUAAAAAAAGUGUAAUGACUUUGAGGUUACGUGCGUGAAAAAUUAUAUAAAAAAUAUAUAAAAAAAAUAAAAAUGUAUCAUCACGAGUACGAAAAACGUUUAUUGAAACCCAGCAACGACAUCAGCAAUCAUCAGAACACGAAUACAAUAAAUAAUAAUAAUAAACCAUCGAUAAUAACCAGCAGCAGCAGUAUCACCAUGAGCCCAUCAUCGACUUACAUUUCGCCGUCAAAAUCUUCAACCAGCUACGAUCGUUUUAUUCCACUACGAUCAGGUAACAACUGGCACACAACAUUUUCAAUGAUAACCGAAUCUUCUCGCAACAGUUUGAUCAGCAAAAAAAGUACACGUGAAAAUGGUGAAGGAAAUCGUGACGGUAUCGCUUACUCAUCACUUUUAAAAAACGAAUUACUUGGUGCGAGUAUCGAAGACGUCAAAAAUCAAACAGAAGAACGUGGUAAUUAUUCCUCAUCUAUUUUGCAAGGUAAAAAUUUAUUUAAAUAUUCAACUCCGUCAAAAGACCGUACACUUGACAGCAGCUCGCCUUAUUCAUUGUCACCACUGUCUGCAAAAAGUCAAAAAUUAUUAAGAUCACCGCGUAAAACAACGCGUAAAAUUUCACGGAUACCUUUCAAAGUAUUGGACGCUCCAGAAUUGCAAGAUGACUUUUAUUUAAAUUUAGUUGACUGGUCAUCCCAAAAUGUACUGAGUGUUGGUCUAGGCAGUUGUGUUUAUUUAUGGUCAGCUUGUACUAGUCAGGUAACGCGAUUAUGUGAUUUGUCUGGUGAUGGGAAUAGUGUGACAUCAGUUGCUUGGAAUGAAAGGGGUAAUUUGGUUGCUGUUGGUACCAACGUUGGUUACAUUCAAGUAUGGGACGUUGCUGUUAAUAAACAAGUCGCUAAAUUACAAGGUCACAGUGCUAGAGUUGGUGCGCUUGCUUGGAACGGUGAAAUUUUGUCAUCUGGAAGUCGUGAUAGACUGAUAUUACAACGUGACGUCAGGACUCCGUGUGUUGUUGGUGAACGCAGACUCGGUGCUCAUCGUCAAGAAGUAUGUGGACUUAAAUGGUCACCAGAUAAUCAGUAUCUGGCAUCCGGUGGUAAUGACAAUAGACUAUAUGUCUGGAACUUACAUUCACUGUCACCAGUUCAAACAUAUACGGAACAUCUCGCUGCUGUUAAAGCCAUCGCUUGGUCUCCACAUCAUCACGGUCUUCUAGCAUCUGGUGGUGGUACUGCUGAUAGAUGUAUCAGAUUCUGGAACACUUUGACUGGACAACCGAUGCAAUGUGUCGAUACUGGGUCUCAAGUCUGUAAUCUCGCUUGGAGCAAACACAGUUCGGAGUUGGUCAGCACUCAUGGAUACUCGCAGAAUCAAAUUUUGGUCUGGAAAUAUCCGAGUUUAACUCAGGUUGCCAAGUUAACUGGACACUCUUACCGGGUUCUUUAUCUGGCAAUGAGUCCUGAUGGCGAAGCGAUCGUCACUGGUGCGGGUGAUGAGACUCUUAGAUUUUGGAAUGUCUUCAGCAAAGCUAGAAGUCAAAAGGAAAAUAAAUCUGGACUUAAUUUGUUUACUAGUAUCCGAUAAAUAUUUUUGUAAUAUUUUUUUUUGUCUUGUAUAUAUUUAUUAAUAUAUAAUAUUAUAUUGUUAAGGUUUUUUUUUUUUAGUAUAAGAAUUUAUUUGAGAAACUGCAAUUAUAUAUAUUUUUUUUUUUUUUUUAAAUUACUUGUAAUAAUUAUUAUGAGUGAUUGAUAUAUAAAUAUAUGAAUAUAUAUUUCAAGAAUGCAAUUGGAGUUUUAGUUUUUUUGUGCAAUAAGUUUUUUUUGGAUUGGAGACUAAUUAUUAACUAAUUACCAGUG